AUGGCACGAAUUGCUGAUUUAGCUAAUGUCGAUGAAGUAUCAGAUCUUAGUUCUGAAUUUGAUAAUAAUGAAAAAGAUGAAAAAAAACGAAAACGUAAUGAUUUAUGUGAAAAACUAACUUUUCAUCAAACAACUGGUCUUGCACGUAAAGAUGAUCGAAUACAAAAUGUUAAUAGAGAACGAUUUCGUUCACAAUUUAUGGCAAUGAAUGCAUAUGAACGUCAUAAACGAUUAGUAAAUGAUUAUGUUCGUUAUUAUUCAAAAGAAAAAUCAUUUGAUACUAUUUUUAAACGUGAUACUUCAAAUGAUAGAACUGAUUUAGAUAUUAUUCGAAAUGAACAUAGAUUUUUAUGGGAUGAAGAAGAAGAUGGACCAGAUGAAACAUGGGAAAAACGUUUAGCUAAAAAAUAUUAUGAUAAAUUAUUUAAAGAAUAUUGUAUAUGUGAUCUUAGUCAUUGGCAAGAAAAAAAAAUUGCAAUGCGUUGGCGUAUUGAUCGAGAAGUUGUCAGUGGAAAAGGUCAAUUUAUAUGUGGUGAAAAACGAUGUGAUGAAAAAGAAAAUUUACGAAGUUGGGAAGUUCUAUUUGGUUAUGUUGAACAUGGAAAAAAACGAGAAGCUUUAGUUAAAUUAAGAUUAUGUCCAUCAUGUACAAAAAAACUUCAUUUUGGUCAUAAAGUAAAAGAAGUUAUACCUAAAGUAAAAGAAGAAGAAUCUGAAGUAACAGAAAUUGAUGAAUCAACUGUACAAAAAAAGAGUCGUCUUGAUAAUGAUAAUGAUCAAACAACAAUACAAGAUGAUGGUCAAAUAUGGUCAAAACCAUUAGCAGAAACACGUGAAACAACAAGAGAAGACGAAUUCGAAGAAUAUCUUCAAACAUUAUUCUUCUAA